AUGUCCCGCAAGAUUGACUCAUCCGACGGUGGUGAUUCUGAGCAGUCUUGUCCUGCCGCUGCGUCGAUUCCCGACGAAGCCGGUCCGCUAGUCGCGUUAUCGGAGCUGGACUCGUGCGACCUUAUAUCGGGUCCGCACUCGGCGCACCGCCAACCGCGCCAGGCGCGCAAACGCGGCGACGACGGCAAAUUGCUCAUGUCGUGGCGCGUUCCGGAAUGGACGCUCCCGCCGCUGACGUCAGACCUGCGUCUCUCGUCACAGGAGCCGUUGGAGCAGCUGGAGUCGCGCACGCAGUGCCCCGGGUGUGGCAAGUCGCAACAUUACUUCUGCUUCAACUGCCUCCGGGCGUUCACCCCUCCGCACUCCACCCCGCGAGUGGCCCUCCCAUUCCACGCGCACAUGAUCUUCCAUCGCACGGAGCGAGCCAGCAUGAGCACGGGCGUGCAUGCUGCCGUGCUGGCGCCCGCGCACGUCACGCUGCACCGCUGGCCGGACGUGCAUGCGCGCCGCCUCCCCCAGUUCGAUGCGCGCGAUACGGUGGUGCUGUUCCCGAGUGCGAAGGCCAGGGAGGUGGGCGAGAUGAGCGCGGAGGAGCGGCGGAGAGUGAAGCGCGUGGUGCUGCUGGAAGGGAAGGUGGGCGAGGGGCGAGGGGGGAGGGAAUGGUGGGGAGGGAUUCGUGGGGAGUGGAAGGGCGCAUCAGCGCUGCUCGCCCUCCCGCAGCUGGCGUCCCUGCCGCACGUGCGGCUGCCCAGCAGCAUCCGCUCGGCCUUCUGGCGCUACCACACGCGCGGUGUGGCCCCAGACGCUGUCAGCACCGUCGAGGCUCUGCUCUGGCUCUGCCGCUGCUGGCACGCGGGGAGCUAUGUGGGUAACUCGCAGGGUAUUGGGUGUGAGGUGGAGGGGAGGAUGGUAUGUGGAGGGGAUGAGCGGAGAGGGGAUGGGAGGGAGAAGGGGAGUGGAGGAGUGUGGGAGAAGGGGGAGCAGAUGGAGGAAGAGAGGGGGAGGGUGGAGAUGGAGGGGGGGGUGGGAGUGAGGUGCGGACAGGAGGGAGGUGGGGAGAGGCAAGGGAGGGCGUUGGAUGUCAAGGGGAGGGGAGAAGGAAAUGAUGAAGGAGAUGAGGGCAGGCAGAGGGACACUGCAGAAGAGAUUCCCGAUAGAACCAUGCCCGAUAGAGAUUCCCGGAAUGGGGUUCAUGGGGAAGCAGCCACUCUCCAGAGGGUGGCCAAUGGCGGUGCAGAAGAGCCCAUGGGUGGAGAAGAGCCGGCAGCAAGCUUGCAGGAGCAGGGUGAGUGUAGUGCGAUGAGGGGGGCACACGCAAGUGACUGCCACUGCUUUGACGACUUGCUCUGGUUCUUUGCUCAUUAUCACCGCCGCAUCAUGCAUGAAGGAUCUGACCUCUUUACUUGA